AUUUUUAUAAGAGAGACGUGUCCGUCAGUCAGCGAUCAGUCAAUUUUCCUAAAAUCGAAUUGUUGGAACUGAUGUAUGAAAAUACAGUUGUUGUGAUUUUUUAGAUUAGUUAUCAAUAAUACUACAAGUUAAGAUGCCGGCCACCGCCGUUGCGAGGCCGGGCAAUGGCCGCAACAAAGGGAUAUUCCAUAAUACUGCCGGCUUCAGCACCCUCAUCACUGUUACGGUUCUAUCGCUUGCUUGGCUGGCCGGUUUUGCGUCCCGGCUCUUUGCAGUGAUUCGGUUUGAGAGUAUAAUUCAUGAGUUUGAUCCAUGGUUCAACUACCGUUCGACGGCAUACAUGGUACAGCAUGGAUUUUACAACUUCUUGAACUGGUUCGACGAGCGUGCGUGGUACCCGCUGGGCCGUAUUGUGGGCGGCACCGUGUACCCUGGCUUGAUGAUCACGUCAGGCACUAUACAUUGGAUAUUACAUGCCUUGAAUAUCCCCAUACAUAUAAGAGACAUCUGUGUCUUCCUGGCCCCUGUAUUCAGUGGCCUCACAGCAAUAGCUACAUAUCUGCUAACAUCAGAGCUAUGGUCCCGUGGAGCAGGCUUAUUUGCCGCUUGCUUCAUCGCCAUUGUGCCUGGCUACAGCAGUCGAUCGGUAGCCGGAAGUUAUGACAACGAGGGCAUCGCUAUAUUUGCACUGCAGUUCACAUAUUAUUUGUGGCUGAAGAGUGUCAAAAGUGGCUCAGUUUUCUGGUCCAUAUGCACUGCUCUGUCUUACUUUUACAUGGUGUCAGCAUGGGGAGGCUACGUGUUCAUCAUCAACCUGAUCCCUCUCCACGUGUUCGUGCUGCUCAUCAUGGGACGGUUCUCGCAGCGACUGUUCGUCAGCUACACAGUAUUCUACAUCAUCGGGCUACUGUUGUCCAUGCAGAUUCCAUUUGUAGGAUUCCAGCCAAUUCGUACUAGUGAACACAUGGCGGCGUCAGGUGUUUUCGCGCUGUUAAUGGCGGUUGGCGCCCUCAAAUACCUGCACAGCUUAAACCCUAAGGGCCAGUGGAAGCAGCUGUUGAUCUUUGGCGGGUUCCUGGCGGCCGGCGCGGUCUUCCUGGUCGUAGUACUGUUGACCUAUAUGGGCGUCAUUGCACCGUGGAGUGGACGGUUCUAUUCCCUCUGGGACACAGCGUACGCCAAGAUCCACAUCCCGAUCAUCGCGUCGGUGUCGGAGCACCAGCCGACGACCUGGUCGUCGUUCUUCUUCGACCUCCACGUGUUGGUGUGCACCUUCCCCGUCGGUCUAUGGUACUGCAUCAAGAAUAUCAACGAUGAGAGAGUUUUUGUGGCCCUCUACGCGCUCAGCGCAGUAUACUUCGCGGGAGUCAUGGUGCGUCUGAUGCUGACGCUGACGCCUGCCGUGUGCGUGCUGGCUGGCAUUGCCUUCUCGGUACUACUCGACCUGGUGCUGCGAGAGGAGGAGCUUAGUGCGCCGCCGCCUGAUGACGAGUCAAAGAGCCUGUACGACAAGGCGGGCAAGCUAAAGAAGCGGCCACACGAGACCACCACCAACGGCGGCGAGGGCGGUCUAGGCAUGAACGUCCGCUCGGGCACGCUCAUCGCGUUCAUGAUCCUGCUGAUGCUGUUCUCCGUGCACUGCACCUGGGCCACCUCCAACGCCUACUCCAGCCCGAGCAUCGUGCUGGCCAGCUACGGGAACGACGGAUCGCGAAGAAUUCUGGACGACUUCAGGGAAGCUUACGGAUGGUUGUCUCAGAACACGGCUGAGGAUGCGAGAAUCAUGUCUUGGUGGGAUUAUGGUUACCAGAUCGCUGGCAUGGGCAACCGAACAACACUAGUGGAUAACAACACAUGGAAUAACUCUCACAUAGCGCUCGUAGGCAAGGCUAUGGCCAGUAACGAGAGCGCCGCCUACUCUAUAAUGACGGAACUAGACGUGGACUAUGUUUUGGUGAUCUUUGGCGGCGCGAUUGGGUACUCAGGAGAUGACAUCAAUAAAUUCAUCUGGAUGGUCCGCAUUGCUGAGGGAGAACACCCUAAGGAUAUACACGAAGCCGACUAUUUCACGGAGAGAGGCGAAUACAGAGUUGAUUCAGAAGCGUCGAAAACUAUGCUCAACUGUUUAAUGUAUAAGUUAUCAUAUUAUAGAUACGACAGCGGCGGGAGCCCGCCGGGCUACGACCGCACGCGCGGCGCGCUGCCCGGCAACCGCGGCUUCAAGCUCACCUACCUGGAGGAGGCCUACACCACCGAGCACUGGCUCGUCCGGAUAUACAGGGUCAAAAAACCUGAUGAAUUCAACCGCCCUCGUCUUCCAUUGGCAAAGAGGACAAUAUCAACCACCGGUGCUGUUUCUAAAAAGCUUGCGAUAGGACCUGGAAAUUUGACUUCGAAGAGAAGAAAAGGCCUCCUAAAGAACAAGCCCACGGUGGUGAAAGGCAAGAAGGUGGCGCGGCUGGAGUGACGCCGCCGGUAGCCGCGUCAGUGGUAGGCUGUCAGGGAUCGUGACCGCACACUGCCAUGCUGUUCUCUACUAAUGUCAGGCAAGGAAUGUUCGUUUUACAAUGCAGUUUUAGGUUACGCUGCCUGUUUUGGCGCGAUGUAAUACAAAAUUUUGUCACAUCGAUUGCCAUUUGUUUUUCUUUUGAUAAAAAUAUUAAAUGACAGAAAAAAUACCCCAAGAGCUUUAACACACUCUUGGGAACUAUUGUAAAAUAAGCCAAUUGACUAGUCAAACUUAAUUUAAAUAUCACCCUAUGAAGCUUCAAACAACUUAUUCGCGGAGGUACACUCACUAAAAACCAUAAAAUGUCCUCCGAUGUCAUUGGUUUAGCGUCUACAGAUAGUUCAAAACGGAUUCGGCAGGAAGCUUGCCUUCCUCUUGUUUCUACCAGCCAGAAGUGCGCUUAUACAGGGUGACAGGUAAAGCGAUACAUUCCUUGAAAGGGGUUAAAGUAGAGCUUAUUUGCAGUCAUUUAAGUCAUAUGACACCAUGUCCACAACUUGUUCAUUUCCAAGUUAUUCAAGAUUUAAGUAUUUUUAAAAAAAUCUCCAGUUUUUAUGUUAAAAUGUACCCUUGUAAUGAAGAAUACGGAAUAAUGGUAACUUUUUUGUUGUAUUCGUAUAGCUAAAUAAUAAGAUUGACAUUUUAAAUUAAAAUUUGCAAGAAAGAAUCGUCAUUACUCAAGUAAAAGCUAAAAAACCAUGUAUUAUUUUGCAAAAAAAAUAUGUUUUAGGUAAUUAAACGAAGAAUUUCCAAGAAAAAAUGUAUGGAAUGUCGUGUACAAAUUACAGAAUUUAGUUCCUUGAUUCAUUAGCUAUUCAAAAAGGUACAGGUGUUUAACAAACACUGCAUAAUUAUUUUUUUAUUUGAAUUUAAACGUCUAGUAAGAUACUUUCAUAAAAAAAUAAAUAAAUAAAAAAGUCACACUAACAACUGUUUUUGGGUCUCAAUAAAUGAAAAACUUAGUAUUUUAAUAAUAAUUGUAUCACCUAAUUUUAUCUAGGUACAUUAUUUUAAGUCCUGCUCAAACUGUGAGCCCCGUCUUCUAAUACAAGCUCGUAGUCUGUUUCUCACUUCUGUUUUUGUGACUCUUGUUGUCAAACUUUGCUGAAUAUCUUGAGCUGCCCUCUGAAUGCGCUCAAGGAAUGUAUCGCUUUACCUGUCACCCUGUAUAUUUUAGAAUUUAGCUACCCAGCAGCGUAACCUACCUUGGCCUAAUACUGCAUUUCGUUGCCAAGACUACAUAGAGAAUGGCAUGGUCGUACAAACUUCACACUUCACACUGGUACAUUUCACACUUUUGUAACAUCUACAGUAAUCUACACACUACGUCAAAAGAUAUCCAUAUAUUUUUCGUGGUCUAAAAUAUCUUCAUGAACAGGGUCCCUAAAGUUUGAAAUGUGACAAUCGCUCUGUAAACACUGUAAAAGUAUAAUUUAACACCAAUGUAUACCGAACUAAUAAAACAAAUAUUUUGUAUAACCCUCAUAAAUAAAUUAAUAAUGUAAGAACAACCGAGACAAUAUAAACGAAUACAACACCAAUUUCGUCCUUUGA